GACAGCGAGCGCGUGCUGGAUGGGUGCUUCACGUCAUCAACAGUUUCCGAAAACAUGCAGUUCAGCCGCGGUUGUUAAAGUCGGCAACACGCUGACUUAUAUGAUGGAAUAUGUUGUUUCUGCACUUAUGUGUUCGUAUCCCGAAGAUAUAGCGAUUUAGUUAAACGGAGAUACCUACGUGUGUGAGUUAGCAGGACUGCUAAAGACAUCAAACCCGGACGUUUCUUCCUUACUCUUAUAAUCAGGCUUUCGGAGCUGCUGUAUGUUCUUUCCAUUGACUAGUGUUACAAAAUAGCAACGUACUCUGGUUCUCAGGAGUUUUAGUAAGACCAGAGUAAGUGUGUCAUCUUGACAACAAGUGUUGAUGGAGUUUGAGUUCACACAGUAACCUCAAAGAAGGUAAAAUGGACUUUUAACUCAAGUGUUUUGAAGUAUGGAGCCAUGUUUGAGGUUUGUCUGUAGAGAGAGUCUCAGGAAAGUGUCAGUGAAAUGCUGGACACAGAGAACUGUGAAGUGCUCAAGAUCACCUUUCAGACGCCCUCUUACAUCAACAUGUGGACGAGCACAUCUCAGCACACUGCUGCUCAGAGCUCAGGGACACUACCUCUCCUGUCGCCACAGAGGCACAGAUGCAUCCCAAGCUGCCCUGUCUAGUGUUGCUCCAGUGUUUGUUGUGAUGAAAUUUGAGCCUGAUGGGAAUGUGACCUCGUUUGAAAAGAAGAAGACAGAGUUGUAUCAGGAGCUUGGUUUGCAGGCAAGAGAUCUGAGAUUCCAGCACCUUACAAGUAUUACAGCACGGAACAAUGCCAUCAUCAUACGUAUGGAGUCCCUCAAGGCGGUGGUUACUCCGAAGUCUUUACUGGUGCUGGAUUUCCGUGGUCUCGGUUUAGAGAAAUGGCUGGUGUUAGAACUUGGACCACAGUUGGCGGGAGAUGGAAAUUUGGCUACUUACUCACUGCCUUUUGAGUUCAGAGCUCUGGAAGCCAUUCUGCAACACAGGGUGAAUGUGCUGCAGAUGCGGCUCAAUGAAGUUCAACCUCAGGUUCUGGAUUGCUUAGAGUCGUUGGUCGACCCAAAGCUCCUCUCUGCCGACCGCAGCAAACUCCAUAUGCUCCUGCUUAAUAGCAAGAGCCUCUCAGAGCUUGAGACGGACAUUAAAGUGUUUAAAGACAGUCUGCUGAAGAUCCUGGAUGAGGAUGAACUGAUAGAUGAACUCUGUCUCACCAAAUGGAGCGACCCCCAAGUAUUUGAGGAGAGCAGUCUGGGUAUAGAUCACGCUGAAGAAAUGGAGUUACUGCUUGAGAAUUACUUCAUGCAAGCAGAGGAGCUGGGAAACAAAGCCAGAGAGCUGAAAGACCUCAUCGAUGAUUCGGAAAGCGUCAUCUUUAUUAACCUGGAUAGCCACCGUAAUGUCAUGAUGCGACUGAACCUCCAGCUCACCAUGGGAACCUUCUCACUCUCUUUAUUUGGUCUGAUGGGUGUGGCUUUUGGAAUGAAUUUAGAAUCUUCCUUUGAAGAGGAUCCACGUGUAUUUUGGUUAGUGACAGGGUUCAUGUUCCUGGGCAGUGGACUCAUCUGGAGAAGACUUCUGUCUUUUCUGGGCCGGCAUUUAGAACCCAGCUCUCCACCUCCUAUUCCCCCUGUUUGGAGAAAAAACCAAAUUGGCACCUUAAAAGCAACAGACAUUAAACCUGGAAUUAGAUGAUGGUGUGCUGCUUUUUCAAUAUUUUUUUUCCCUCCUUCCCUGUAUCU